CGCCGCACAAAUGGGCUGUAAAUUUUCAAAAGAUGAUGAUGGUCAGUCAACAGCAGGCAGUGAUCAAACAAGAAAUGUGGCUACUGACCGAAGAUCCAUAGUUAGUUCUUUUGCUGAUUUUGACAAAAGAAUCACCGAAGAAUUAAGGCAGAAACUUGAAAGUGAACCGGAUAAAUUUGUGUUAAAUAACAUGUUGUUAUGUAUAAUGUUUUUUAAAAGUUACAAAGAAUUGGGACCAUUUAGGACAAAAUUCAUAGAAACAAAAUCGGAAACUGUAAAUCUUGGAAACCAUAACACAACACUUCUUUCUGAAAACAAAAUGAUGGAGAUCGAACCAGAUUGCAUUUUAAAGAUCGUGAAUAAACACGUGUCAUACAGACCGAAACACGGCCCGAACAAAUCGAUUUCUGAGCCUUUGGCAGCCAGAAGAAUAUUUCUUAUAGAUGACCGUGUCGAGAUGGUUUCAUUGGACGAUGAGGAUAAUUUGAACGAAUAUGAUACCGUGGAUAAGCCAAGGUAUCAGUUUUACAUGGAGUUUACCAAAAGAAAAGGUUUUGUCAAAUUUAUAUUUAAAGAAGACCCAAAUAAUGACGAUAACGAUAAAACAAAUAUCAAUGAUACCGAAGAUAAACAAAACUCAGAAGAGGAGCUUUACAAAGAAGUCACCUACUCAAGAACUCCAAAACCAAUAGGGGGGAAGUUCGAUUUUGAAAGAAGAGACACAAAUUUACCAAGUGAGUGCUUUAAAUCUAUCCAAGUGGAAGACUAUGAGGCUGCUAAGAAUUUAAAUAAAGGCGACGAAAUAGAUGUGCAAAAAUUGUACAAGAAAAUAACUUAUUUGGAUUCCAAAAUGUAUAUGAAACAUUUUAAGAACAAUUCGUUUCAUAUUGCAGCAGAAACUUUGGGAUUCAAUGAAGAUGCCAUCAAAGGAGCCGAUUACAUUGCUGGAAAAGUGUUGUGCACUGUAAAGGAUGGCACCGAUGGUUGUCUAAAACAACAGGUACCAUGGGAAAUCAUACCUGCAGUAACCAUAGAAUGGCCCACUGAGUAUGCUUAUGAUUUUGUCGAUAGAGAAGAAAGACCUGUUAGGAACUUUCUGGAAACUGGUAAACAAGUUAAAUGGCCUUCAGAUAAAGUUAUUCAAGACAUUAUAAAGACUAAAGCGGUAGCUAUACCAAAAGGUUACACUCCAAAGAAAGGUAAAAAUCCUGAGAGUGACAUAGAAUGGGAAAUAUGCUUUCCAAAGGCAGAACAUAUUCUACAAUGCACCAUGAAUCAUUGCCAAAUAAGAUGUUACCUAUAUUUAUUAGCAAUCCAUAAACACUUUAUAGAACCCAAGACUAAACAGCAAGGUCUCCUGCCAGAGCACAUUCGGAUGCAUAUGUUUUGGGAAAUGGAAACCACAUUUAAUUGGUCUGAUAUUGAGAUAUUCGAUAAAUUACUCAGCAUUAUAGAUAACUUGGUUGAAAGGCUUGGUUGUCAAUCUCUCCCCGAUUUUUUUAUUAAACAAAGAAAUCUGUUUGAAAAUAUUCCAAGCCAAUAUUUACUGACCGCUCAGGAAGUAUUCCACUCAAUUCUACAAAGACCCCUAAUGCGUUUACUAUCAGCCUUAAGGAACAUAAAGUACAAUACGGAUAGUUAUUAUUCAACUUUAGAUUUUGAUAAACUACACGAGAAUUUAGUAAAGAAAGCCGUUGUGGAAAGAAAGGGGUUUAAAAAAAUUGAAAACAUUUACGAUGAAUCAGAUCCCAGACAAAAAUGGAAUAACAUUCUGCAGGAAACGUAUAAGAAAAACACUUUAAAGAAUCUCAACGAACCAAAAGAAGAAAGAAAGAAUUCUAUUGAUUCUAUCAACUUAGACUGGACACCAACUGGCGACUUAACCUUCAUCAACAGAAGAGAAAUCCUCACGAUUUUUAUUAAAAACUUUAUAGGAAUUUUCACAAAAAGCAUGGAUAUGUCGACUCCCCAACAGACGAUACGCUAUUGCAAACUGACAACAUACCUAACGAAUAUUUACCAGCAAUUAUACCCAACGGAAAUAGACAAAGUCGCAGAUUUCCGCAGGGAUAUACAACAAUACGAAGAACAUGCUAAAAUAAAACUUUCAAAAACUUCAAGAAACAAACCUCCAACGCCACCUUUAAGACCUUCCGUUGUUUAUGGCGAAGCCCUUAAACAGGAUGACAAAGGAAAUAAUAGUUACAAGGCAAAAAAUUCGUCAACCGUAGCUUUAAGACCUAGAAAACUAUAUAUUAAGGCAAAAACGUCAAGAUUAGUAUCAAAUUCAGAAGAAAAUGUGGGAAGUGGGGAGGUGUCGCCAUCUUCACCUACUAAAAAUGUUAGUUUUAAUUUGGACACUACAGAUUCGUCUAAUUCCACUCCCGAUAAAAACGUUAACUUUAAUUUUAUAACAAGUACCUCACAUGAUUGUUAAAUUACAUUACUGUAUUAUUUACUAUUUUUUUUUAAUAAAAG